UAAUUCCCAAGUACAUAAAAAAAACUGUUAAAAGUUACAGCAAUGGACUUUACAAAAAUGUGUCGAAUUUGCCUUGAAUCUAACAAAACAACAUACGAUAUUUACACCAGCUAUUACGCUAAAAGAAAUACCCUGUACUGUGAAAUGCUGUCUAACUGCACUAAGCUUAAGCCUACCAAAGAUGAUGGUCUCCCCAGCUUAAUCUGUAAGGAAUGCAGCCGCCAAUUGAAACGAUCAUAUGCAUUUAACCUGAAAUGCGAGAUGAGUGACAGCAAACUAAGAAACUAUUUAGAAAACAUAAGUGAUAUAAAAGAUGAAGAAAAAUUCGAACUAAAAACUGAGGCAACAGAAAUAAAAAAUGAAGAUGAUGUGGAUGUUAAAGAUGAGGUGGAUACAGUAUGCGAUGUCAUUAAUGAAAUUUUUGAGAGCACUGAAAAUGAUUUAAAGGAUGAUAUUAAACUUGAAGUGAGCUGCAAUGAAUAUGGCAAUGGCAAUGACAGUGGAUGGGAUGCAGAUGACGACAACAUGCUUCUGGGAGAUUUACAACUGAAGAAAAAGGAUAAAGAUUUUACCAUAGAAGAAGAGAAACCCAAAAAGAGAAGAGGACGGAAAAAAAGGGUGGAUUUGGAGCCCCAGCUGCCAGAGAGCAAGUUGCCGCACCAGUGCGACAUCUGCGGCAAGUUCCUCAGCACCAAGAGCAACCUGAAGGCGCACAAGAUCUGCCACACGGACCUCCGGCCUUACAAGUGCGGGGACUGCGCCGCCACAUUCAGAGGUUACAGCGCGCUGUUCCAGCACAAGAAAGUGCACACAAGAGAGACUCCGUACCACUGCGAGUACUGCCCGAAGCAGUUCAGUAGACGCACUGGUCUUGUUAACCACAUCCGGAUGCACACAGGCGAGAAACUGUAUAGCUGCGAUGUAUGCUUCAAAAACUUCGUGCAGAGCGCGCAGCUCUCCAUCCACAUGAAGAGGCAUAAGGGGGACAAAACUUACCUCUGCCAGGAUUGUGGGAAAGGAUUCCCUAUAAAGGCGGACUUGAAAGUCCACCAAAGGAUCCACAACGGGGAGAAGCCCUACUCUUGCCAUCUCUGCACCAAGACGUUUGCGACCUCUGGCAACCUCUCCAUACACGUCAGAAUACACAAUAAGGAAGUUAGGUACCGCUGUAAAGAAUGCAACCGCGGCUUCGUGACGUGCAGCGCCUACAACGUGCACCUCAAGCGGCACAAGGGGCAGAGGGACUACCACUGCGAGUGCGGCAAAACUUUCUACACGUCCUCCGCUCUGAAACAACACAAGGUAGUACACACCGGUGAAAAGAAGUACCAAUGCAAGAUAUGCGACCGCAAGUUCUCACAGACGAGCCACCUCAGCCGCCACUUCAAGCGGGACCACGCCAAGCCGAACAUGCCUUUACCGUCUUCAGACCAUUAUAAGCUAGUUAUAAGCAAUGACGAUAAGUCGUUUAUGUUUAACGUGUCGGUCAACGCGAGUCAGGGGGUGAAGUGUGAGGGGUCGUAAUGAUACUAGAAG